UAAGGCUCAUGACUCAUUUAUUUCUAAAUCAAAUAAAGAAUUCUAAAGUUUCAAACCAACCCAAUCAACUUUUUCAUUUACAAGCAAAGCCCAACGACAAGCAACCAAAACCCAGCCCACAACCCGGAACAAUAAGAGCGAAACAAAUGAGUAAAAUUCCAAAAAUAGCUGCUUAAAAACAAGAGAUCAACGAUCAAAAUCUCAACAAACAAACAAAAAGACAAAUUAACCGGAAAUCAAUAACCAUGGCAAUUACAUCUCAUCUAGCAAAGCUGCGCUAUGUUCCUGUAGACCGUCCUGGGUCCUUCUCACACCCUCCAUGCACCGAAUUUCUUCAUAUUCAAAGCAGCAGAGCUUCGCCAGCAACCAGCUUGAGCUUGGGCAUCAAUGGCUCGACGAAGAAAUGCAAACCCAUGUUGGUCCGGAGCAUGGCUUCCUCAUUUGGGUCCAGGCUCGAGGAGAGUGUUAAGAAGUCCGUGGCUAGUAACCCAGUUGUUGUUUACUCCAAGACUUGGUGCUCGUAUUCCUCGGAGGUGAAAUCAUUGUUCAAGAAACUUGGUGUGGAGCCUUUGGUUAUUGAAUUGGAUGAAUUGGGUCCCCAAGGUCCCCAAGUGCAGAAGUUGCUGGAGCGGCUUACAGGGCAACACACCGUUCCAAAUGUUUUUAUUGGGGGUAAACACAUUGGUGGCUGUACAGAUACUGUCAAACUACAUCGUAAAGGAGAACUGCAAUCUUUGAUGUCAGAAGCUAUUGCUAAAAGUAAUAAGAAAAGAAUUGACGAGGACUUCUCUUCCGAUGAUGGAUAUUGGGGUUAGGACGUCCCGUAGGGUAAUAAU